AUGCCGGCUUCCAGUGAAGUCAGAUCCGAGGAGGGGAGGCAGAUAAGUCGGGGCCUUUCUCUGAAGUCUGGGCUUCUAGCCACAGGGCACCCAGCUCCCUCUAUAAAGGCCGUGAGGUGGACGCUGGCUGGAGUAGUGGACAGCCCGUGGUCCAAGAUGAGGGGCUUCGUGGUGCUCCUUGCAGCCUUUGCUCUCUCCCAGGCCAGUGGAAUCAGCAGGAUUCCUCUGCACAAAGGGAAGUCGCUGAGGAAGGCCUUGAAGGAGCAUGGGCUCCUGGAAGACUUCCUGAAGAAUCACCGGCAUGCAGUCAGCCGGAAGCACUCCAGUUCUGGGGUGGUGGCCAGCGAGUCUCUGACCAACUACCUAGAUGUUCCUUUUGCCCUGGUAGGGGUGGCCCAUGUCCCACCCAGGCAGGAUUUACAUUUAGGUCCCAGUGCCGUCUGCCCUCAGUGUCAGUACUUCGGGAAGAUCUACAUCGGGACCCCUCCCCAGGAGUUCACCGUGGUGUUUGACACAGGCUCCUCGGACCUCUGGGUGCCCUCUGUCUACUGCAACAGUGAUGCCUGCCAAAACCACCACCGCUUCGACCCGUCCAAAUCCUCCACCUUCCAGAAUAUGGACAAGUCCCUGUCCAUCCAGUAUGGCACGGGCAGCAUGCAGGGCUUGCUGGGCUACGACACUGUCACCGUCUCCAACAUUGUGGACCCCCACCAGACUGUGGGCCUGAGCACCCAGGAGCCUGGCGACGUCUUCACCUACUCUGAGUUCGACGGGAUCCUGGGGCUGGCCUAUCCCUCUCUUGCCUCUGAGUACUCCGUGCCUGUGUUUGACAACAUGAUGGACAGGCACCUGGUGGCCCAAGACCUGUUCUCAGUCUACAUGAGCAGGAAUGAGCAGGGGAGCAUGCUCACGCUGGGGGCCAUUGAGCCGUCCUACUUCACAGGCUCCCUGCACUGGAUACCCGUGACCGUGCAAGAAUACUGGCAGUUCACUGUGGACAGUGUCACCGUCGACGGCGUGGUGGUGGCCUGUGAUGGCGGCUGUCAGGCUAUCCUGGACACCGGCACCUCCAUGCUGGUGGGGCCAGGCAGCGACAUCUUCAACAUCCAGCAGGCCAUUGGAGCCACUGAGGACCAGUACGGUGAGUUUGACAUCGACUGCGGGAGACUGAGCAGCAUGCCCACGGUUGUCUUUGAGAUCAAUGGCAAGAAGUACCCACUGCCACCGUCCGCCUACACCAGCCAGGACGACGGCUUCUGCACCAGUGGUUUCCAGGGUGACUACGGCUCCCAGCAGUGGAUCCUGGGGGAUGUCUUCAUCCGGGAGUAUUACAGCGUCUUCGACAGGGCCAGUAACCGUGUGGGGCUGGCCAAGGCAAUCUGAGUGCAUCACCAGCCACAGACCUCGAUGUGACCAAACACACACACGCACACAGAGGGGAUGUGCAGACAGAUGGUUCCCAAUAAACACCGCACUUCUGCAAA